GGCGGUGCGGACUGCGCGGCCGAGCAGCGCGGCGCCCAGAGCGCGGGCCGCCCGCGGAGCCCCAGCCGAGCCGAGCAGCGCCGAGCCUAGCGGGCCCGCAGUGCCCGGACUCCCGCCCGCAGCGAUGCCGGCCGGCCGCGCCGCGCGCACCUGUGCGCUGCUCGCCCUCUGCCUGCUGGGCGGCGGGGCCCAGGAUUUCGGGCCGACGCGCUUCAUCUGCACCUCGGUGCCCGUGGACGCCGACAUGUGCGCCGCGUCCGUGGCCGCCGGCGGCGCCGAGGAGCUCCGGAGCGACGUGCUGCAGCUCCGCGAGACCGUGCUGCAGCAGAAGGAGACCAUCCUGAGCCAGAAGGACACCAUCCGCGAGCUGACCAACAAGCUGGGCCGCUGCGAGAGCCAGAGCACGCUGGACGCGGGCGCCGGCGAGGCCCGGACGGCCGGCGGCCGCAAGCCGCCCGGCGCGGGCAAGAACACCAUGGGCGACCUGUCCCGGACACCGGCCGCCGAGACGCUCAGCCAACUCGGGCAAACUUUGCAGUCGCUCAAAACCCGCCUGGAGAACCUCGAGCAGUACAGCCGCCUCAAUUCCUCCGGCCAGACCAACAGCCUCAAGGAUCUGCUGCAGAGCAAGAUCGACGACCUGGAGAGGCAGGUGCUGUCUCGGGUGAACACGCUGGAGGAAGGCAAGGGGGGCCCCAAGAACGACACCGAGGACAGGGCGAAGAUCGAGAGCGCCCUGACCUCCCUGCACCAGCGGAUCAGCGAGCUGGAGAAAGGUCAGAAGGACAACCGCCCUGGAGACAAGUUCCAGCUCACGUUCCCCCUGCGGACCAACUACAUGUAUGCCAAGGUGAAGAAGAGCCUGCCCGAGAUGUAUGCCUUCUCCGUGUGCAUGUGGCUCAAGUCCAGCGCAGCGCCUGGGGUGGGCACGCCUUUCUCCUACGCCGUGCCGGGCCAGGCCAACGAGCUGGUCCUCAUUGAGUGGGGCAACAACCCCAUGGAGAUCCUCAUCAAUGACAAGGUGGCCAAGCUGCCCUUUGUCAUCAAUGAUGGCAAGUGGCAUCAUAUCUGCAUCACCUGGACCACCCGGGACGGGGUCUGGGAAGCCUACCAGGACGGUACCCAGGGCGGCCACGGGGAGAACCUGGCGCCCUAUCAUCCUAUCAAGCCACAGGGAGUGCUGGUGCUGGGCCAGGAGCAGGACACUCUGGGUGGUGGGUUUGAUGCCACUCAAGCGUUCGUGGGCGAGCUGGCCCAUUUCAACAUCUGGGACCGCAAGCUGACCCCGGGGGAGGUGUACAACCUGGCCACCUGCAGCACCAAGGCCCUUUCUGGCAACGUCAUCGCCUGGGCCGAGUCCCACAUUGAGAUCUACGGCGGAGCCACCAAGUGGACAUUUGAAGCUUGUCGUCAGAUCAACUGAGGGCCCUGCGGGGCUGAGCCCCCGCCCUGGCCCGGCCCGCCCGCCUCGCCCCUGCUUGUGCCCUGAUGACCCGUCGUCUCGCUCCCUCUUCCCCAGGAAUGACAAGGCAUCACCCUUGCACACCCACCACGCACACGCACGUAGCCUGGUUCGCCCUUGUGCACAUGAAGCAGGCCCGGCUCCGGCCGUCCCCGAGGAGGCCCCCCGUUUCUCAGGCAAGCCCUGUUCACCACCAGGACAGGUGGCUGCAACAUGCUGGACAAUGAAGUAGGUGAGAGGACGGGUGUGUUUACAGGUGUGUGUCUCGGGGCUGGGGGGGGGCGGCGGCUUUUUCUUUUAGAAUGAGGUAUUUCAUUUCCUUCUUUCUUUGUGGCUUUGGGAAAUCUCAUGACUGGUCGAAUAUGUGCAUUUGCUGACCAUGUUAGCUGCCUGUGUGCCUUGGGGCUGGUGCGGCCUCUUCAGCACACGCAUUUGUCUUCGUUUGCAAACCUCUUUUAGAACUAGGACGCAUCCCCCCCUCUGAUGAAAUAAAUGUCUUAGGGUUUAUUCACGACUGGGGAGGGAGCCUCCCCACGGAGAAUUUCUAUCGUAUAGUAGAAGUGAUUCUCCGAGGUCUGAAAGCUGGUGGUGUUCUGGGGUGGCACCACAUGCUGUCGGGUGGUGAGGGGCAGAGGAGGUGGGGCUGACCCCAGGAACUGGGCAAUCCCCAGCCCACCGCCCAGUGCCCAGCCAGCAGCCCUGCAGUUGGCAUCUGAGGACAGUGCUGGGCUGGGGAAGCUGGCCUGCAUGCCUGGCUUGGCUGGCUCUGACCCUCAUCUUCCCACCUCCUUGGACCUGCGAGGCUGGGCCCUGUCCCUCUCUUUCAGCCACCAGCCAGUGUCCCACCCACAGCCCAGGAAGCUAGGGUCCCCGGACACCUCCCCUUUUGUCCCUGGCUGUGGAAGACCAGAGGCUUCAGUGGGGACAUUUCAGAUAAGGAAACCCACACGGACGAAGACCCAUGGACACAGGGCCAUUGAGACUCAAAUCUGACCAGUCAAUGAGAAGGUCCUUGGUAAUUUUGGCAGCCAUAGUCUUUCCAUGCUCCUGGGCUCAAAAAGCUGGUUCAGUGACUCCCACAAGGGGACAGGGACUCUGGAGACCUCUCACAUGGCCAGGACUGAGGUCUGAAACCUAUGCCAUGGUCUUAGAGGGCUGAAGCCCUGCAGCAGCCCCCAGCCUGUCCCCAGCUGGUGACACUGAGACAAGACCAGGGCCCAGAACCUUUGACUUUUGUUUCCUUCAUGAAAAACAACCAUGCACAUUUUCUUCUCCGAGGUGGGGAGACGAGUGUGUGUGUGCAUGUGCGUGUUGAGUGACAGAGGAAGAGCAUGUGGACAGAUCACGCCCAGGGGAGGGUGAGCUCCCUACUCUGGGCCACCAUCUGGGGGUCGCAUGCCCCAAGGGCACCCUGGACUCUCACCAGGAGUCUAAUUAGCAAAAGGCUGGAAAGUCUUUCUAGAAAUUCUCCCUCACUGCCUGGCUCCUGUGCAGCUGCAGGCGUUUCUUCAAGAGGAGCAGGUGUUCUGUCUUCUGUCCCUUCCAGGGGCACCUGUCUCCUUAAACGCAGGUCCGUGUUGUGUUGGAACCUAGUGCGUCUGUGUGAGUCUGUGUUGGUGCCUCUGUGUUAGUGUCCACGUGGGUGUCUGCUCAGCAGCCCACUGCCGUUCUGCGGCGUAUCGCUCUCUUUCAGAGGAAGGAGUCCAGGCGCCGUGCUGUGUGUUGUGGUCCAGCAGUGGCUUUUCUGAGACCCCUGUGCUCCUUCAGCGCCCAGCGGGUUGUGGCAUCUGUGGGCCUGCAGGAGCCUUCUCUGUUUGCAUGUUCCUCGGGGUGGCGUGUCCCUUGCUCCCUCAGUCUGACGUGUGCUCCCCUGCCUGCAUGGACUUCUCUGGUUCUGUGUCAUGUACCGAGUGACACCCAUUGUUCUGUGAUCAUCCACGUAGCUACCAAAAAAGGUUGGGUAAGCAAGCCAAGGGUGUCGGAGGAGGUCAAGGGAGAGAUCGAUUUCCCUCUCCCCCUCCCUGCUCCCCAAACACACCAAGAAGUAUUUUUAACGUGUAGGUUGAGAACAAGCCUGAACAAUACCCGUGGUUGGGAGAGAGCAAGAGCUUGGAGUCACCCCUAGCCCAGAUCGGCCCCACCCCUCACGUCAGCCAUCUGGAGCUGCUGCGUAGGCAAGGCCCCCAGCGGGCUGGGUGCUCUCCCCUCAGCACCUCCCACCAGCCCUGCCGAUCUACCGGACCCCAGACCACCUGCUGCCCAGAGGCCGCGGUGGGAGCUGUCCGUUCAGGACCACAAGCCAUCCUCUGCCCUGACUAGAGAUGGGCAGAGCACACCCCGGAUGCUUACGCCUGUGCCCUUUCGGCCUCCCUGCCCGUUCACCUUCCUUGGCCCCUCCCCCGAUGCGCCCAUGGUGCCAGGGACAGAAGCUGACACUUAGCUCCCUCCCCGCCCCUCACUGGAGCCUGUGCCAGGCCCACCGACUCCCUCACUGUGUUAACACUUGGCACUUUGCUGGCCCCAAGGAAGGUGGAUGACACAGCCACAAAUCUAAUCCACAGUCCCCGUCUACUCCUUAAUCUGACUGACGUUCCCUCUCGCACUGAAUGAUACAUGCCUAUCUCAGGUAAGCCAUUUCAUAAAACAAGAAGAUAAAAAACCACUGUCAAGGCAGUGUUUGCUUUUGCCGAGCUGGUGUCCCGCAGCUCCCGGGGUGUCCGAGGUGGGAGAGCUGAUGGAGGCUCUCCAGGCCUUUGGGGCUGAGAUCCCACUUGAAUCGUAAGCCUUCUUGCUUUUGAUAACACAGUGUUAUUUCUCUUACUGUAGAAGAAAAAGUUUAUUACCAAACAAGAGUAUUUUUAUGAAAGAAAAGGACAAACCUAUAAAUUAACUCAACCUAUAUCUCCGUGAUACUUUCAGGCUCCAACCAAAACAUAGGACUGAGAGCAUGUAUUUUGGAAGAAAAAGAUACAUUUUGUAUGCUUUCUUUUCCUUUUGUAGAUUCCCAGUUUAUUUUCUAAGACUGCAAAGAUCACUUUGUCACCAGCCCUGGGACCCGAGACCAAGGGGGUGUCUUGUGGGCAGGGAAGGGGAGGGAAGAGGCUGGCAUGAGGUUCACAGUCAUUCCAAUGAGCUCCAAAGAGGGACCACCUGUUCUCAAAGGCAUAUUGGGGACAGGAUGUAACUUGGCUAUUUACGGUGGACCCUUUGCUCGGAGCUGACUUUUAAGUUGAGGACUUGAUUAUCAGUUCCAAACGUGCUAGAGAAACUAGGGUUACAUACUAUUAACGUUAAGAAGAUAGUAUCCUUUGUAAUCUUAUGGCAACCAAUACGUGUCAUCUCUUAAAACAGUGUAAAUUUAUUCAACUAAUGAUCGGAAAUCUAUCACUUCCAUGCAUAGUGGAUUUAAGUGCACUUUGUUGAAGGGGAACAAAUAAUUGAGGAGAAAAAAAAGCCCAAUACUUAAGAGUCCCAAUUUUGUGUUAUUUGCCAAAAAAACACCAAAAAACAAAAAUAACCAACAAAGCAAAUCCCCGAUGGUUGAUAUUGUUACAAUGUAUAUAUUGUAUAAUAUGAAAGAGAAUCGAUGUAUCUUACUUUUUCAUUAUUUGCUAACCAAAGCUGUACAUUUUUCAUAUGAUCUGCAGCCUUUUGGG